AUGUCGCAAACAGCAGAUAACAGGAAACGAGUGGCAAUUGUUGGCGGGGGCGCGGCAGGAAUGUCUGCGGCAUACGCCCUCUCGCUCUGCCCAGGCGAGUUCGAAGUAGUGCUAUUCGAACGUUCGUCGUCUCCGGGUGGAAUGGCCACCUCGACGCCGAUCAAUGCAAAGAAAUAUGGCGCGAGUUACAUCAACGAUGGCGUUCAAGGCGGUUCCCCAGUUUUCGGAAAUACUUACUCGAUGUUCGAGAAGCUCGGCUGCACACCUUCCGAAGUUGGCUUCCAAAUCAGUUUUGGUCGAGAGGUCGGCGAAGACUAUUGGAGCAACGUUUUCCCCGCCGCACUGCUCGACCAACACAAGGAUUCCAUCAAGAGAUUCUCCACGUUUUUGAAGGUCACCUCAAACCCGGUCUUAGAACCAGUGUUCGGUCUCAUGCCUAUCCAUCUCUCGCUCACUCUCUUCCGCUUCCCAAAGACGUUUGCAGAGGCACUGGUCUUUCCUCUCGUGGCGUUGUUCAUGGGCACGGGUAAUCAGACGCCUUACGUCUCGACCGCCAUUGUUGAAAGGUUGUUCACGGACAAGAGCAUGCGCCUGUUCGACUAUAGCAAGGAAAGCUUCGUAAACGGUAUCCCUGAGAUGAGGGCCUUUCCUUGCCUCGGAGAAGUUUAUAGACGAUGGAAGAAGGAAGUCGAGUCCAGAGGCAAUGUUGAAGUUAGGCUCCGGGUAGAAGUCACGGGUAUGCAGAGAUCAGUCAAGUACGUCGACCAGUCGAACGGCCAGAAGCGUGAAGGCGUCAAGAUCUACUCGCGCGCAACGCUCGGUACCAAUAACGACCAGGAAAUAGAGGGGUAUGCCGGAGCAGAAACAGAAGAGAUGUUCAGCGACGUCAUUAUAGCCUGCGAUGCAGAUGCGGCACUCAAAGUUUUGGGAAAGGACGCGAGCUGGAUGGAGAGGAAAGUAUUAGGAAACGUCAAAUAUUUGUGGGAUAUCACUGUCACCCAUAAUGAUCUAGGGUACCUAGAAAAGUACUACCGAGUUCGCUUCAGCGACGAUCUUCCAUCCAAGAAACGCCUUGCUGAAGGAGACGAAGAAACCAAGAAAGCUGUUGAGUUUGCGAAGGAUAACUUCAACCCUCUGUACUAUGUCCGUUCGUAUCCAGAAGACAAGAAGAAGAUCGAGAUGUCGUUUGACUUGACGAAUUAUCAGCCACAAUUCAAAGGAGAAAGUCCCUUCGGCCCGGAUGACGACCAGGCAAACGAUGACCGUGCUGCCAGCGCAUCGGAUCCACGUAGAUCGAUACACGCUGUGAGCCUUGCUGAUGGGGAACUUCCCCCUCUCGAAGAUCACGUAUUUCAGACUAUAUUCUUGGAUAAGGACGGUUCCGAGGGGAUGUGGACCAAGAGCGAAAUCGAUAAGGAGAAAGUUAUCGCGGAGAAAUGGUGGAAGCAACAGUCGCAUCGGUGGCAGCAUUACGCAGGAACCGUGCCUUGGAUGAUGUUCUUGAACGGUAAAAGGCACACCUAUUUCGCGGGAGCGUGGACGAUUCUGAACAUGCACGAGAUUGCCGUAUGUUCCGGGCUUGGGGCAGCGUACAGGUUGGGAGCACCGUACCCUUUCGCCGACAAACCGGAGGAGUUAUGCGGAAGACUGUUCAAGUUGACGCUCGGAGUGAACCAUAGGAUGCGAGCUAGGAAAGAGGACAGGGAUGGGUUUAUCGCUUGA